AUGAUAGCGAAUAAGCUGGGGUGCAACCCAAACAACUACGAUCUCAUGUACAAGGGCAGGCUCCUUCCUCCUCGUGUAACCCUUGCUAGUCUCAACAUGGUUACUCAUUCGAUCCUGUACUUGAUCAAGAUACCUCAAGAUCUCGUGUGGAUAUCAAUUUACACCCCUAAUUGUGGGAUGGUUAGCUUUCAGAUCAAGAAGCUUCAGACUGUUGGGUAUGCCAGGGCUGUGGUUGGGAGUAUGAUAAACUCGAGGGUUGAUGAAGCUGGACUUUUGUUGGCUGGAAAGGCUCUCGAGGAUUCGAGGACAUUGGCUUCAUACUGCAUUGAUGAUCAUACUGUUCUGCAGCUGAUCUAUCCUUUUCAGGUGUCUCUGAAGCUGUACAAGGCUAGGACUAUCUGA